GGCACAGCAUGGCCCGGCGGGGCGGGCCGGAGCGGCUGCGGGACAAGCUCGUGGACCGGUGCGAGCGGCUCCAGCUGCAGAGCGCGGCCAUCGCCCGGCAUGUGGAUGAGGUGCUGCCUGCCAAGGACCAGGCUGUGCUGAGCGCGGCCAACGCGGCGCGGGAGCUGGUGAUCCAGAGGCUGCUCUUCGUGGGCAAGGCCUGCGAGAACGAGGAGCAGCGGCUGCUGGAGAGGGUGCACGCGGAGGAGGAGAGGGCACACCAGAGCAUCCUGACCCAGCAGGUGCACUGGACAGAGGCUCUGCAGAAGCUGGGAGCCCUCCGGACCUACCUGGUGGACAUGAUCACCAACCUGGAUGACCAGGGCCUGCUGCGCGCAGAACGAGAGAUCUUCGAGAGGACAGAGGUGGCGGAGGGAAUCUUGGAGCCACAGGAGUCCCUGAAGUUAAACUUUAAUCAGAUGUGUGUUCAGAGUCCACUCCUGCACCGACUGUGGGCCUCUGCUGUGCUCUGCUGCCUCACAGGCUCACAGGAGAUUCACAUCGAUGAGAGAACCCUCAGCCCCCACCUCAGCCUGUCAGAGGACAGGAGAACGUUGACCUUCAGUCCCAAGAAAGCCAAGGUGGACUUGGACUGCCCGGAGCGGUUUGACCACUGGCCCAACGCCUUGGCCACUGCAGCUUUCCACUCUGGGCUGUGUGCCUGGAAGGUGGGCGUGGAGCAGAGCUGUGCCUACAAGCUGGGGGUUUGCUACAGCUCCGUGCCCAGGAAGGGCUCUGCCAACGAGGGCCGCCUGGGAUUCAAUGCUGCCUCCUGGGUGUUCUCGCGCUACGACCGGGAAUUCCGGUUCCUGCACGCGGGGCAGCCCCAGCCCGUGGAGCUCAUCAAGGCCCCGGCCCAGAUCGGGGUGCUGGUUGACUUUGCGGGGGGAGAGGUGCUUUUCUACGACCCCGACUCCUGCACCAUCCUCUUCUCCCACAGGGAGACCUUCACGGAGCCCGUCUACCCCGUGUUUGCCGUGGCACACCAGAGCAUCUCACUGGUCCAGUGAGCAGGGCCUGAGUGUGACUGUGUGUGCUCUGCACUGUGCCCUGGGGGGAAAGGAGCCCAGGCAGGGCUAUGGGCUGUGUACAGUGUUCAGACAACACCUGCUUUCACACUACAGCUGUUCUUCAUGUGUUUUA